AUGGCCUGUGGUCACAGCUCCAUCCUUCCCACGCUCUCGGGCCUCGCUGUGGGUGGAGCUGGCAGCACCGCAUUGUCCUGCUCAUGUGAUGGCCUCCCUCCCUCAUGUGAGGCUCUGGAUGUGACGGUGGACCAGCACUGCAGGGCUCCAGGUGGGGAGGAUGGAAGGGCCUCCGGAAGCAGGCCUCAGCCCUCCCCGCUGGGCUGGGGCUGCAGCUGUGCCAUGGCCCUCCUGGCCAUGACCAAAACCGCCCUGGCAUUGCUGUGCGAGGACGGGAACGCCUACGAUGUCCGCCUGAAGCUGACAAAAGAGGCGCUGACGGUUCAGAAGCAGGACGUGGUCCACGUCGGGGCCGGCCGCCAGGGCGGGAAUCACAGAACUGUGACACUUCGCAGACAGCCUGUUGGCGGCUUGGGCCUGAGCAUAAAGGGGGGUGCCGAGCACAACGUCCCUGUCGUCAUAUCAAAAAUAUUCAAAGACCAAGCAGCUGACCAGACAGGGAUGUUGUUUAUAGGAGAUGCUGUUCUGCAGGUUAAUGGCAUUAAUGUAGAAAAUGCGACCCAUGAAGAAGUGGUGCACCUUUUGAGAAAUGCUGGUGAUGAAGUCACCAUCACUGUCGAGUACCUCAGAGAAGCACCGUCAUUCCUGAAGCUCCCAUUAGGGUCUCCAGGGCCAUCCAGUGACCACAGCAGUGGGGCCUCCUCACCCCUCUUUGACAGCGGCUUACAUCUGAACGGGAACUCCAGUAACACAGCCCCAUCAUCACCUUCCUCACCCACAGCUAACGAACCAAAAUACGAGAAGCGCUGGCUGGAUGCCCUGUCAGUUCCUCUGUCCAUGGCUCGCAUCUCAAGGUACAAAGCUGGAACAGAAAAGUCAAGGUCGACUGCAUUCGAGGUGCUGGCGCUGGACGGAGUCAGCACAGGGAUCCUUCAGUUUUACACGGCCCAGGACAGCGCCGACUGGCUGAGAGCAGUCUCGGCAAACAUCCGUGACCUGACACUUCAAAACAUGAAGACGGCAAAUAAACACAGCUCUCCCUGUGACCAGAUUGUGCACAUGGGGUGGGUGAGCGAGAGACUCCAAGGUGCCGGCUCCUCUCAGACCUUCCGAUCCAAGUUCCUAGCGCUGAAGGGCUCGUCCUUCUACGUUUUCAGCAUGCCUCCGGUGAGCACAUUAGACUGGGUACGAGCAGAAAGAAUCUAUAACCUCUGUGAGGUGUUAUUUAAAGUUCACAAGGUCUGGCUCGCGGACAACUGCUGGUUGCGAGCAAACCUGUAUCUGGGCCUUCACGACUUUGACGCGGAGGACCAGAGGCCGUGCUGCUUCAGUGUCAUGGUGGGCCACGGGAGGAGCCACUGCUUCAGCGUGGAGCUGGGCAGCGAGCUGGCCGCGUGGGAGAAGUCCUUCCAAAGAGCCACGUUCUUGGAAGUUCAGAGAAUGGGGUCCAAAACAUAUAUGUGCAGCUGGCAAGGAGAGACGCUGUGUUUCACAGUGGAUUUCGCUUUGGGUUUCACCUGUUUCGACAAUAAGACAAAGAAUGUGCUAUGGAGAUUUAAAUUCUCUCAGCUUAAGGGAUCUUCAGAUGAUGGAAAAACUCGAGUCAAGCUGCUGUUUCAGAAUCUGGACACCAAACAAAUUGAGAUGAAGGAGCUCGAAUUCCAGGAUCUGACCGCUGUUCUGCACUGCGUACACGCCUUCAUAGCAGCCAAGGUGGCCGCGGUGGACCCCGUGUUUAUAGACAAUCACAGUAUCACAAGAAAGUGUAUGCAUAGCCACUGA